ACUUAUUAUGCUCCGUAUAAGUUGGACAACGAAUCCACCAUUUUCAGCCUAGCAUCAGCCCAAGAAACGUCUCACAGUUGGUGAUUCGAUCGACAUGGACGAGCCAACCGUGGAGGAGCCACUGCUCGCCAUCCGACGCGGCGGAGAUGGCGAGGACGAAGCCAUGGCGUCGACGGCGGCGGCGGCCGCGGCGGAGGUGAAGAGGUUGCUGCGUCUCGCCGGGCCUCUGAUGGCCAGCUUCGUGCUGCGGAACUCGGUCCAGAUGGUGUCCGUCAUGUUCGUCGGCCACCUCGGCGAGCUCCAGCUCGCCGGCUCCUCCCUCGCCGCGUCGCUCGCCAACGUCACCGGCUUCAGCUUUCUCUUCGGCAUGUCGAGCGCGCUGGACACGCUGUGCGGGCAGGCGUACGGCGCGGGGCAGCACCGGCUGCUCGGCGUCUACGCGCAGCGCGCCAUGCUGGUGCUCGCGGCGGCCGCCGUCCCCAUCGCGCUCGUCUGGGCCAGCGCCGGCGAGAUCCUCCUCCUCUUCGGGCAGGACCCGGCCAUCGCCGCCGAGGCCGGCGCGUACGCGCGGUGGAUGAUCCCGUCGCUCGCGGCCUACGUGCCGCUCGCCUGCGCCCUCCGGUUCCUGCAGGCGCAGGGCAUCGUCGUGCCGGUGAUGGCGAGCUCCGGCGUGGCGGCGGUCGGCCACGUCGCCGUGUGCUGGGCGCUGGUGCACAAGGCCGGCAUGGGGAGCAAGGGCGCCGCGCUGAGCGGCGCCGUCACGUACUGGACCAACCUCGCCGUCCUCGCUCUCUACGUGCGGCUGUCCGGCGCCUGCGAGACGACGUGGACCGGGUUCUCCAUAGACGCCUUCCGCGAGCUCCGCCGGUUCACCGAGCUCGCCGUGCCGUCCGCCAUGAUGGUCUGCUUGGAGUGGUGGUCGUUUGAGAUACUUGUGCUGCUCUCGGGCAUUCUGCCGAAUCCUCAGCUUGAAACUUCUGUUCUGUCAAUCUGCUUGAGCACUUCUUCUCUCCUGUUCAUGGUGCCACGUGGCAUUGGCUCAUCUUUAAGCACGCGCGUCUCGAACGAACUAGGUGGCGGGCAUCCUCGAGCAGCAAGGAUGGCAGCGCGAGUCGCCAUAGCCAUGACCGUGCUUGUAUGCCUCGUGCUAGUGAUAGCCAUGAUUUUUCUGCGCAAUGUCUGGGGAAAUGCCUAUAGCAGCGAGGAGGAAGUGGUGGCAUAUAUUGCAAGUAUGCUCCCCGUCCUUGCGGUCUCCUUCUUCAUAGAUGGCAUCAAUGGUGCUCUUUCAGGAGUUUUGACAGGAUGUGGUAAGCAGAACAUUGGCGCUCAUGUGAAUCUUGCUGCGUUUUACUUGGUUGGUAUUCCGACGGCUGUGCUGCUUGCAUUUGUCCUCCAUCUCAAUGGAGAGGGUCUUUGGCUUGGCCUUGUGUGUGGCAGUAUCAGUAAAGUAGGGAUGCUCCUCUUCAUCACACUGCGUACAGAUUGGGGAAAAGAAGCUAUCAUGGCAAAAGAAAGGGUCUUCAGUUCAAGUCUUCCAACUCGAUGAAGAAUUCGAGAAAUGUUGGUGUAGUAUUCUCCAAUGAAGAUGUAUUCAACGUGGUUCUUUAAUAAGGGUCAGCGUGUUGCAAGCGGUUAUCUAGCAUAAAACAGAACUAUUAGCUCUCUCGCUCGCGAAAAAAUUUCCUGCCUCAAAAUAGCUUAAUUGAGGUUCAUCUCAAAAAUUUCGAAAUCACUUCCCUAUUAAUCGACAACUAUAACUGAAUUGUAAAGUCAGAGAUGUCACUAUACUCUAUACCAUCAAUCAAAAAUUCAGUCAUUUGACUGAAUUUGAUAAAGAAAAUAUAUACAAAGGGACAUCCACUGAAUGGAUCUUAAUCAGUGAAUACAUUUCCAGGGUUUUCUA